UAACAGUGAAACUGAUGACCAAUACGCCAAUAUUGACUGGAAUGAGCUUGAAUUUGGUCUCACUCCAACUGAUUACAUGUAUAUGAUGAAAUGCUCCAAUGAAGAAAACUUCUUACAUGGCAAGCUUAUUCCUUAUGGAAAUAUUGAGCUAAGCCCAGUUGCAGGAGUCCUAAAUUAUGGCCAGGGACUAUUCGAAGGUCUCAAAGCAUAUAGAAGAGAAGAUGGUGGUAUUCAGCUCUUUAGGCCAGAACAGAAUGCGCUACGCAUGAAGAUGGGGGCAGAGAGGUUGUGCAUGCAAUCGCCAUCUGUUGACCAAUUUAUUGAUGCAGUAAAGCAUGUGGUUAUUGCCAACAAGCGUUUUGUUCCCCCUGCUGGGAAAGGAGCACUGUAUGUAAGGCCUUUGCUCAUGGCAAGUGCACCACAUAUUGGCAUGAAUUUCACACCAGAAUUUACUUUCUUGGUAUUUUCUACUCCCGUUGGUUACUUUUAUAAGGGUCGGCCACCCUUUGACUUGUUUGUGGAGAAGAAGCUACGCAGGGCCGUUCCCGGGGGAACUGGAAGUAUCAAAUCUAUCGCCAACUAUGCACCUGUUAUCCUAGCACAGGCUCAAGCAACGGCCAAGGGAUUCUCUGAUGUCUUAUUCCUAGAUUCUGUGAAUGGGAAAUACGUAGAAGAGGUUGCAUCAUGUAACAUUUUCAUGGUGAAGGGUAAUGUUGUUUCAACACCAGCAUUACAUGGAACAAUUCUGCCUGGGAUCACGCGCAAGAGCAUCAUUGAUAUUGCUCUUAGCUUUGGUUACCAGGUUGAGGAACGUAUGAUCCCAGUUGAGGAGUUGCUUGAAGCUGAUGAAGUUUUCUGCACUGGAACUGCUGUGAUCGUCAACCCUGUUAGUACUGUGACUUAUGAGAAUAAAAGGGUAACAUAUAAUAUAGGAAAAGAAGUAGUAUCUCAUAAACUGUAUGAAACACUAACGGGAAUUCAAACUGGGCGUAUUGAGGACAGCAUGGGAUGGACCCUACAGGUCAACGUAGAAGAUUUUGCUAGUAAAACAAAUAAAUAAGCUUGUUUUCUUACGAGGGCAGUGGUUAAGCAAGAGAUCUUUUAUGCGUCUUCAAGUGUCUAAAUGUAAUUUUAAUUGAAGUAUCUACAAUAUAAUAAAAACUUGU